CGAUCUCAGUUUGUCCUGACAUUGCCAGAUAGGACAUCAUGAGAUGCGAAAUGCAUCCGCGGCCUGUCUAGCUGUCACUCAAAUGCGGCAUGCUACUCCACGUGCACCUUUUUCUGUGUGGUCUUGAGUACGUGUAAGCAAAUCCUGUCAGAGCAAGUCAUUCCUUCCAAGCUUCGCUAUGUCCGACUGAUGCCCGACUGAUGCCCGAUCGCUCAUGCAUGGCCCGCGUGGCAGAGCUUUGGGCCGCAGCGCGCUGCCAGAGCUGCUUACUACUUCCUGUGCAAGCGCGCGCGUGCGCGACUUUGUUAGGCUGGCAUGAGCCUGAGGAUGAAAAUUGAAAUGCUGUACACACCAGUUGGCACACAGCAUUGUGAGCCUUGCAGCGUAAUUGUGGCUCAUUUCGUGUUGUAGCAAGGGCCAGGAGACGUUCAGCGUUUUGAAAUGCUAGAAUACAGAGAAGAUUCGGAAGCCAUCAGCUUGAACCCAAUGACGCGGAAGAAGAAACAAGGAUAUGGAGACGCGGCAUACUGGGAGCACAGGUAUCAACAUGAUGUUGUGCCCUUUGAGUGGUACCAAAAGUACGAUGGUCUCAGGGACCUCCUCAAGAAGUAUAUACACGCAACAGCAGACAUCCUGAUGCUGGGUUGUGGGAACUCUGCUUUGAGCGAGGACAUGGCGAAGGACGGCUAUUAUGACAUCACCAAUGUGGACAUCUCUCCUACAGUCAUCAAGGCCAUGAAGAUGAAGCACUUGGAUCUCCCACAGCUAAAAUGGGUUUGCGCGGACGCUCGAAGUAUGACCAUAUUCAAGAGCGGCUCACUUGAUGCUGUCAUUGACAAGGGGACUCUCGAUGCCUUGAUGUGCGGCGACGAGGCGACAGAAAACGUCAACAGCAUGGUCUCUGAGGUCUUCCGGUUACUACGACCUGGCGGGGUUUACCUCAUGGUGUCGUAUGGAGAACCAACAACGCGCAUGCCGUAUCUGGGUCCGUCUCGACGAGCAUGGUCGACCAGCCUUCACCUCUUACCACGGCCGACUGCCGCUCAGGAGAAGUACUCCUGGGUGCGUACGCUGGAACCUGUUCCGGUCGGAGAGGACGGAAUCCUGCCGCCGCACCUCCAUGGCAAGGACGCGGACUUCCAUUACGUCUAUGCGUGCGUAAAGGAGAAACUUAACGUCUUGCUCGAUGGGCAGUGACCUUGAGGCUAUGCGAGAACGCCCUGUGCUUGUAAAAGUUAGUGCCUUGCACGGGGUAGGACAAGCUUCUGAUUUGGCAGAGGAGUCGUCAUAACUGCAUGCUAGGUAGACUAGAAUAGACGGCAAUGACCUAUGUAAAGUAUGCGAGGUUAAAAGUUUACGAACGGCCGCGGUGCUUCGCCUCUCGAACCCAAAUCUAACUAUCAAAACAAGUGCAACCAUAUGCAAGUUGCCAGCAUGUAAUGCAGAUAAUCGAAUCUAUUCUAACUGGAGCAGCAUACCAU